AUGGCCGACGAUGAGCGGCCCGGGUUCAAGUUAACAAGGCAGCAGAGUGAUCGCAUAGAUACGUUGGAAGAUGUAAUUAAGGAGCAUAUCGAAGAUCCCGAAGCCAACCCGUUAGACGAGGAUCAGGUGGACAAAUUGACAUUGCAGGUGGUUAUUGCAUUGUUAGACCAUAAGUUAACGGUAGGUGAGUAUCGCAGCGCCAUUAUCAGCGGGUUGGCCGUUUUGGGGAUCCGUAAAGACGGCGGUUGGGUGGAUGUAAUGGAUUACACGCCCAUGUAUUCGGCCAUAAUCAAGGUGGCACGGGCGAUGGUCAUAUACCAGUCGUAUCAGGAGAGGCAGGCCGAGGUAGCACGGUUAAAGCAGGAUGAGCAUUUGGACGAGGAGGACGCCGAGGAGGAGGCGACCAGCAUGUUCCGCAUUGUGCGCGAAAAGGUGCAGAGGUUCAUGACGGUGACAUCCAAGGAGGCAUACGCCGAGUCGACGCCGAUGGAUUGGAUAUACGAGGCACGCACAUACGGCAUGUAUAUUCGGUUCAACACGCCAGCAGGCGGGACCGUCGAUUGGGACGGCGACCGCAUCAAGUACCGAAAGAUACGGUUCCGGAUGGGCGAGUUGACGGAGAUGUUGCACGCAUUGACAAGGGAGGCGAGAGAGCAUUUAGCAACAUUGACGAUGGUGGAUGACGUGGACCAGUUGCCGCGGAUCCCGUGGUUAGCGGUGGAAGACGACCACAGUGAGGAUCGGAUGGGAUAUUCGUUUUUAGCUGAUGAUCGCAACCGC